CGCUUCCUCUCCAAGAUGGCGGCGCCCAGCGGGAGGAGCUGCCGGUGCGUGUGGGCCACGCUGGUGCCCACGGCCCUGCUGUUCCUGGCGGCCCUGGCGGCCGCGGGACCGGGCACAGCACCGGGCGCGACCCCGAGCACGGCUGAGUUCGACGUGCGGCCCGGCGGGGAGGUUCACUCCUUCUCCCGGAGCCUGGGCGAUUUCAGCUGCUCCUUCACCUACUCGGCCCAGGGCGGCACAAACGAGCAAUGGCAGAUGAACGUCGGAGUGAGCGAGGACAGCGGGCUCUUCUCCUGCUCCAUCUGGAGGCCUCAAGGGAAGUCUUAUCUCUUCUUUACCCAGUUUAAAGCUGAAGUGAAAGGAGCCAAGAUUGAGUAUGCCAUGGCUUAUUCCCAGGCAGCCGCGGGCGCCCUGAGCGACAUCCCCUUGAAGCAGGAAGAAUUUGAGAUCACUGAAACAACAGUGUCUCACAGGGAAGGCAAGUUCCGCUUCGAGCUCUCCAAACUCGUGAUUGCAGCAAAACCCUCCCGGGACGAGCUGUGAGCCCAGGCCAGCGUGGCAGGGAAGGAUUUCCUGGUCACCUGCAGGGCUUUUCUUUUGGUUGGCCGAACCUUUUAUGUUUUCCAUACUGAAAUGUGCUGGGGACCGACGUGAGUGGGGCUGGGAGGUGUGAGCUGGGUUUGUGCUGCCUGGGGUCAGAGGGGCAGGGAGCUGGGGAGCCCCCAGAC